AUGAAGCCUCUGACAGCAGCUUUACUUCUGCUGUUCAUUGUAAUGUGCUUAGCCACUGCAGAAGGAUCAAAGUGCAAAUGCUCAAGAAAGGGUCCUAAGAUAAGAUUCUCUGCUGUUCAGAAGCUGGAAAUCAAACCAAAGUAUCCACAUUGUAAGGAAAAAAUGAUCAUUGUAACUAUGCAGUCACGGUUCAGAGGAGGACAGCAAUACUGCUUGCAUCCCAAACUCCAAAGCACAAAGAGAUUAGUUAAGUGGUACACAAUAUGGAAGGAGAAACGCAGGGUUUAUGAAGAAUAA